GGCUGCCGGCCGUGAGACUAACUUAUGCUGUUUUCGGAGUACACGGCAGCAUGUUUCACAGCUUCGUGGAUUUUAAAAUGAGAUAUCUGUACGUACGUCCAAACUCUUGACGUUUCAGCAACUGGUAAAUUAAAAACAAAUUUGCAUUGUCGUUUCGAACUAAGCUGGACGACACUCAGGAACGCAAAGUGUGUACUCAUUUUGUUGUGGUGUCGAUUGAGGUAAGUAGUUGCAGAGUGCAAAGUGCAACGGAGGACAAGAAGUUACCUCUAAUUUCCUGGUUUCAAGAGUUUGAAUGACUACUCGAACAGAGGACUAAUGACGUACGAACAGAAGUAUUAUUUAGCCUGAGAGAAACCAGAACGCCUCAUCAAACUGGGUUCCUUUGGCCCUUAAUCGCAAGUUCGUGUCAGGGUGAGGCAUGGGAAUCAUGCGAUUUCCCCGCAACAACAGGAUGAUUGUCGCCCUAACAGUCUUCGCCUGUCUCGGUCUCAUCCCGUCAUACAGCGUGGUCCAAUCCUUCUUCAGCCCUUUGAGGGCUCGGCUGACGGCUGACGAGCUCGCCAGACUCUAUAACAAAGAUGUUCCAACAGAGCCAGUUCGUGUGGAAAUGGGACGCAGAUCCAAGGAAGCUGACGUGGCGGUUUAUCUUGUUCCAAACGGCACCAAUAAGGUCUUCCUAGACUGUGGGGCUAAUACGGCCUCAAGCGUUCAGCUAUUCCGUGACACUUACCCCGACGGUAGAGACUAUGUUAUCCACUCCUUCGAGAUUGACGAGCGACUAAAGCCGUACUUUAGAGCGUACCGGAAUCACCAUCUUCACUGUCCCGUCGGGGUAGCAGCUGAAUACGGUAACGUUACGGCGUAUUUGGAGUCCGUAUGGGGACCGAACAAAGGCCUCAACAAUGGGCGGGACAUGCAAUGGGGAGGCGGGACAUUUUACGCAGAGCUUGCCGAGAUACAAGAUAAAGAGACAGGUGGAAAACGGAAAUUAUCCACUCGGCGAGUUAUUCCAACUAUCGAUCUUGCACAGUGGAUCAAGGACAAUUUCUCCAUUCAAGAUUAUAUAAUCUUAAAGCUAGACGUAGAGGGCGCUGAAUUCAACGUCCUCCAGAGAAUGCUACAAACGGGCGCUUUGAAGUACAUCGACAAAUUGUAUGGCGAGUAUCACAACAGUCAGCCCACCGGCUGGUCACAGAGGGACAAAAACCAACUUGUCCUUGACGUCGGUGAAGCAGGCUUCACACUACAAGAUUGGGAAGCAGACAAGCACACCUACAGGGACUUCGAGAAAAUUCACCCACCUGAACUCCCUGUCAAUACGCCGGGAGUGGCCGGUGAUGUGUACUCUCUCUGCCAGCCAGGGUCCAUCUCUCUUGCCGUUGCCAUCGGCAUGAACUACAAGCGAGCCCACAAGGUGAUCUCCACACUCCAGGCGUACCCUACCCCUCUCCCCCUCACCCUCUUCCUCUACGGGGAUUUCGUGGAGCAGUUCCCCGACACAGUGUCAGCCUGGGCCCGGCGAUUCCGGAUUGGGAUCAGAGAGGAUGGCGACUACACGGGACCCUACCUGGAGAUGAUGCCCAAGAAUCUCAUCCGACGGAGCCUGGUCAGUUCCCUGAUGCGGCUACGAGAGCUUGGGCUGAAGACGGCCUACUACUGGCCGGCAGUCAACGGCAGCGUCUUGGCCAGGUUUAAGCCGCUAGCAAAGACCCGCGGGCUGAGGAUCAUCCAGCCGACUGCUGAUUUCCCGCAUAGAUUAGGUAUGAAGCUGACGAGAGAAAACUACUACCGCUACCGGGACGUCGAGCGUGUGCCCCGUGCACUCCGAUUGAUCCAAGACCGGCUGACGGAAAGUAACGGGGGAAUUCUGGGUCUAGACUCGGACGUACCGGACACGUACAUGAUUGCGGUCUUCCUCAUGGAUUAUCUCGUUCAAAACUCCAACUUCAGACUGGUGGAAGUGGAGAACUGCGUGCAGGAGGUGGCUCCAGCUGUGAACAAGGGGUUCGACAUUUGGGAACCCAAACACAAGAAAUGAUUUUGUGUGGCUGUCAGCUAAUAUUUUAAGUUGACAGUGCACUUGCAGAGUCUGUGAUGAAGAGUGGCAAAUCAUGCUGCGUGCAAGCCUGUAUUCAGGUGCACAGGCCAGUAAUCACUUUCAAACAUAGGAAUUCAGAGGACAGUAGGCCGAAUUUUGAAGUAGGCCUUGGUUUGAAGAAAGAUUUACUCAGGGUCGCACCUUCUGGCCUUUUUGAAGCUUUGCUAAUUUUGGCCCCUCCAGCCAGUCCGAAUUCAUAAACAUUGUCAUUAUUUCAUUUUCUUCAAUUUCUGAACUUUAAACGAGAAGCUGUGCUUCUCUUCCUUCUUAGAAGAAAC